GUGCGUCUGUAGACAGGGAGAGAGGAAGUGCUGCUAUUGCAACAUCGCUGCCACGUCUGUAGGCUCUCUGCAGCAGCGGAGGGAGAAGCAGCGGAUGGACUGAAGGCCGCCGGGAUGGGCCUGUGCUGGGUGGAGGUGGGGGGAUGAGAGAGAGAUAGAGAGAGAGAGAAAGAGAGAGAGGUGGGAGUGACCGAGGAAACAGAGGAAACACGUAGAGCUCCCCACACAACACUCCCCGGCCGAGAGGAGCCUGUGCACAGCUGAUCUGGAGGACCCAGCCCGCUGGAGCUCUAUUGUUCACGCAGAGGGGAUUUUUUCCACGUUUUCCUGGCGGGGACUCCAUGCUGAAUUCGGGCACAAUGGAGGAGUUUGUGACCGAAGAGGAAGAGCCCUGGUACGACCAGCAGGACCUGGAGCAGGACCUCCACUUGGCAGCAGAGUUGGGAAAGACUCUCCUGGAGAGGAACAAGGAGCUGGAGGACUCCCUGCAGCAGAUGUACAUCACCAAUGAAGAACAAGUACAAGAGAUUGAGUAUCUGUCGAAGCAGCUGGAUGUUCUCCGAGACAUGAAUGAGCAGCACGCCAAAGUGUACGAGCAGCUGGACGGGACUGCUCGAGAGCUGGAGCGCACCAAUCACACACUUGUGAUGGACAGCAAGGCCUCGCAGCAGAAGAUUGAGAGGCUUACAGGGACCAUUGAGACUUUGCAGAACCAAGUCGAAUCCCUCUCAGGGCAGGUGGAGCAGCUUCGCUCCAUGGAGCAGCUCCGGGUCAGGAGAGAGAAGAGAGAGCGGCGCAAGACCAUCCACUCCUUCCCGUGUCUGAGGGAGCUCUGCACAGCGCCCAGGUAUGAGGAUGAGUUUGUCGUGGGCCGGGCCGAGAGCUUUACAGCAGAUGUGAAGCCUAAACCAUUUGAAGAGGAGAACCAGCACCUGAGGGAGGCGGUGUCAGCUCUGCGGGCGGCUGCACGGACCGAGAGGGGGCGUAGGGAGGGAGUAGAGAGAGAGUGCAACAUGCUACUUGCAGAGUUCUCCCGCCUCCAAACACGAGUCCAGGAUGCUGAGAGCUGCCAGGGGAGGGUGCGGGAGCUGGAACUGGAGCUUCAAGAGCUGCAGCAGCUGCGCCGUGCUCGGACUUUCCUGCUGGGCAGUGAGGACGAUGGUGUAGCUCUCACCCAGACUGUCCUCAACAACACCCCAGAGACUGACACCUUCUUGGAGGUGGAGGUAGGGGAGACUGGAGGAGGCGUGAGGGAGGAGAAAGAGGGAGGAGGAGGUGUGGGAGGACAAGCUCUCCCUGACUCCAGCCCUGUGAGGAAAAGCUGCAGUGACACAGCGCUCAAUGCCAUCGUGGCCCGGGAUGCAUCCGGACGCAGGAGGGGCAGCUACGCUCUGCACGCCAACAGUGUGAGGAAGAGAGGGAUGUCCAUCCUCAGGGAGGUGGACGAGCAGUAUCACGCCUUACUGGAGAAAUACGAAGAGUUGUUGGGAAAGUGUCGGCGCCACGAGGAGAGUCUGUGUCACGCCGGUGUUCAGACUUCCAGACCAGUCUCCCGAGACCCAUCCAUGAAAGACUGUGCCAUGGGCCCCACCCCAGCCCCUCCACCUACCCCAACCCAGUCACCCUCCACCCCAGAGGCCAUUGAGAGCAUCAGCAAGCAGGUGGAGGCGGUAGAUAAGCGGCUGGGACAGAACACUCCGGAGUACAAGGCUCUUUUUAAAGAGAUCUUCUCCCGCAUCCAGAAGACCAAGAUGGACAUCAAAGCUACCAAAGCUGCAAAGACCAGCAAGUCAGGCAAAUCUAGCAAAUCUAGUAAACAGUAACGACGUACUGAUGUGUGCUCAUGAGAGGAAGGCAUGUGCUAUAACAGUGUGGAGAACAGGGGCUUCCACAGAGGGUACUAUUUCAAAAACAAAGCUUAACUUGAAGAGAUCAUCUCAAAGAUGUUCACAUAGAGGGAAGCUGACCCAGCACGCUGACUCUUUAAUUCAUGUGUGUGUUAGUGCUGGAGGUCUUAUUUUACAGUCAGGAACAAGGUGACAGUGUUGUUAAGGUACCGCCAAAGAGUCAAAAGCUGCAUUUCGACCAAGAAUUCCUGGGUCUUUUAGCCCCCAGAACUACUUUACCCUGAACUAAAAGGUUUCCCCGGAACUGAAAGGUCUGCGUUUCGACCGCGGGCUGAAGUCCCGGGUAGAUUGUGCAAACCAGGCCAGUGACGUAUGAAGGACAAAUAGUAAAUGCACUACACCACCAGACCAGUAGAGGGCGGUAAAACAAAGACAAAUGCCAUUCACACACAUACAAAAAAGAUAGAACAAAUCAAAACUAAUGAAAGAAAGAGAAAUCAAGUGAAUCACAGAUGUGUGUGAUGUUAUUGUGGACGGUGGGCGGGAUAAAAACACUGUGGUUAAUCUACCAAUCAGACACAUUCAGCAUUGCAGGCCCCGCCCUCCGAAAGUCCCGGGACCUUUUGAAAAGUACUACCCCCCUAGCAGGGGCUUUUUAGGGGGGAGAUUAUCUACCCCAAACCAAAUUUAGACCCUGGUUCCUCCGGUCGAAACGCAAGUAGUUCCGGGGUAAAGUUCCUCUGGUCAAAAAACACCUAAAAGUUCCAUCUUUCAGAUUGAAGACGAUUAAAUUCAGAUAAUUCAAUGUUACGUCGUGCUGCAGACUUCAGGCUUCAGCUGUAUGAGAAGUGCAGUAACUUAAGAAGACCUAGUUCCCAUGUCAUACAUUAUCAGUGCCCUUCAGAAUACACAUUAUACUGGCUUCUCUGCCUUACUGCUUCUGGCACACACUCCACAGUAACGCAGUAAUAGCAAUAUGCCUCUCAUGAGCCUUAAGUGCACUACAGGUUAGAGCUUCACGAAAAAAGAAAAGAGAACAUAAGUGGAAUCUAAUAUUAGCAUUGACUGUAUCUUUCCUUUUGUUAUAAUGGACUCUACUAACACAUAUAAUUAUAGUAAGCUAAGAAGUAAUCCUCUCAGGCCACAGUGCUGUCUGCCUCAAGAGUUAUCUUUAGGUGCUAAUUAUCCACUCAUUACAUAUAUCACUAUAAUAAUGGAUGCAGUUCAAAGUUGAAUAAUAAGCCUUUAAUGUUGAUAUGUGUAUGACCGCCUACUGCUUUUUUUAACGUUUGCAGUGCCUCACCUUUAAUCCAGAGAUUUUUGAAACUGAGAUUUCCUCCUCACAGUUUAAUUUGAGAUUCUCGUGUCGAAGCUACUCCCAGCAGCCUGUUAGCCUAGCAUAGCAUUAAGAGUGGAGAUGUAGAAACAGCUUGUGUAUCUCUUGUGGUUACAGGAGUUUACUCCAGACUAUUUCUAAACCAUGAGCUGUUAAACUCCUCUUUAGGAUGGAUGUACUCCAAAUGUAUUUGUUAUGUUUGUUGUAUGUUUUGUUCAGGGGAGCUUUGGAGUUCUCUGUUUUGGGUUGUUAGCUUGGCAAGCUAACUGACUGCUGGCUGUAUCUACGUGUUUAUGAAACAGACAUGAGUAAGGUGUAGCUGUCACCGAAUUCCCAUAAGAAAGUUUAUUAGCAAAAUCUCUAUCAAGUCUUGAACAAUUUUACACUUGCGGCCAAAUUCCACCAGAUCCGUGUCCGGUCCGUCACAGCACCAGAUGUGAUAGGUUUCUAUUCUAGUCAAUGUGUUAACUUCCACUGGAUCCACUCCGUUGUGUUCCCACUGCGUCUCUGAUCCGGCAGGUCGGAGUCCUCCGGAUCAGAUACACAAGAUAUCUAUUUUUGCCGGAUGCCGGAGCACGACGCAUCAAUCUCAACAGAGCAGAUGGAGCGGGAAAGGAAGUCAGGUUUCACCAAAACAAAAUGAAAACAUCCGGUUAAUUUUCAGAAUAAAACACUCUGUGUUAUCACCAGAUUGUAUUUCACUUAACUACAACAACAAACCGUCAUGAUGAGCGGAGCCAGGCCUGGAGUCAACAGGUCAGAGGUUUUCAGAGGACCAGAAAGACAACAUGGAUGAGGAGAGAAGGAGGAGAAUCCUUAAUUCAGUGAUUACCGUGGAAAACCUCGGUCACAUGACUCCGCCAACAUCCACCAGUUGUGUUUUCAGAACACAGAUGAGGGAGCACGGAGCCAGACUGCAGCAGACACGGAUCUGGUGGAAGUCCAAAGUUACAUUCUCUUUCUAAAGCAACCAGAUUCCUUUUUAGGGAUGUUCGUAACUGUAAAAGUUCAGGAAACUUAAUUUAACUUUAGAAAAUAAAUACCUUCUCCUGUAACGUGGCAAAGUCACUUUGGCUCUGAGUACUCCAGCUUGUCUUCAACUGGACUACAUCAGAGCAUUGGGAGAACAGUAGAAUUGCUAGUUAGGAUGCCCGAGGCAUUUAUCUGUCAUAGUGAGUGAUGUCUACAGUAUAGGCUUUAGUUUAGACAGAUUAACCUGUGUCUGAGUGUGGACGAGUUAAGAUCCAACUAUAUGCUAAAAAGCUGCUGUCUUGCAAAAGACAAUCUCUGGGGAUUGUUAUUGUCACUAUAUCCAGGGCAUUAUGAACACUUCAUCACACAGAAUAUAACGAUGGUUACAGACCGGACACACUACACACAACUUUGAUGUUUGAGGGAACAGUUUCAACAUGUGAUAGAUGAAAUGACGGAGGCGUAACCAGCCUAUCCUCGACACACACAGGGAGUCCUUUUUAAAUAAAAUGGUUCGGUAGUGAAACUAACAUUAGAGCAGUGAAUAAAGUAUUCUUAGGAGCUUUUUUAUACUAGUGUUGAAACUAUUUUGAUUUACUAACAGCUUGAUAAACACAUUAUGUAGUAGAACUGUAACCAGUAUAAGGCUUCGAACCAGGGCUUUGUCUAACACCUAGCAGUCUUACCAAACUUUAAAGCAACCUGCAAAUGUAUUGCACCUUUUUCACAGCAUACAGUACCUAUGCCUUCUCCUUGGUAACUUACUGUGUAUAAACCUUUGUUCCGAUGAAUGUUAUUACAGCUAAUUCCAUGCCUGGUUCAGCAGCUAAGUUAAAGUCAAAGCCAAGCUUGAAGUUUUCUACACCUGUGCGGGAGACGUGUAAAAGAGGGAGGGAUGGGUGUUGAAAUCAGGAACCACUCUUGAUCAAAGUUGAACAAACUGUUGCAGCAAAGAAGUUCUUUUUGACAACUGUGAUGUUUGAAGUGCAUUUAAGAUUAAUGCUCCUGUCUGCUGAAUGAUUCAAGCAUGUCGAGGGAAGAGGAAGUGUUAGCCUGGACAAAACAAUGCCAAACCAGAGCCCUUUACCGCCGAUAAAGGCUGCCAGGGUUUUUGUACUGUCAUGUCUUACCUAUUGCACUUGAAAGUGUUUGACGCCUCAUAUUUUGCAUAUUUAGAAUAGCUUGUAUAAAAUGUACCAGUGUAUUUAUUUGUGUGAAUGUUAAACUUUUUUCUUUUUCAGUGCCUAAAUGUGAAUGUCACUAACAAAUUGUCAGAAUAAACUUAUUUAAUUAUCUU